CUUAUAUUACACCUUGUGAAAUAGUGUUCUAGGGCACCUUUAAAGUAAAACUUUAAAUUUUACAAAUUGCUUGUCUUAAAAGUGCACUUAAAUGUGUUAAGAAACACACUCAAGUGCUCUCUUUAAGUACACUUAAGUGUACUUUUUUCAUUAAUAUUAUAUGAUCUGUCAGUACAGUACACUACAAGUGCACAUUUAAUACAAUUAAGUGCACUUCUUUUUCACAAGGGGUCUCUAUGAUAUUCUAGUAUGACAUACAUCACUAUAGGUGUCCAUUUUUCCUAUUUGUCAAAGUUAGAUUGUCUAGAAAAGAAACACAUCUCUCUUCAAAAAGCCACACAAUUUGAGAUGUCAUUCAUGCCUUAAGUGCAAAAUAUUUUUUUUGGGAUAGUGGUUUGUUUAAAUCCCUAACUCUAAAUAUAAGCAAUAGUGUUGCGUUGCAUUAAAAUAAUAAGUAUAAUCAAUACACAAGGAUACAUGAUAUGCAUUUGUGGUCAAAAACACUCAGCAUGCAGAAAAGGCCUUUAACCACCCUAAGAAAGGCUCUUGUCUCUGCAGGGGAGUGGGGUUUCUCAUUUAUUAUGACAAAUUAAAACCAGCGUUUAGAUUAUGAUAUUCUAAAGCUCAGAGCUCCGCUUCUACCUCCUUCUGGCUAGAAAAACCCACCCGCGCUGCAUCUCUCUCUCCAACCCACCCACAGCCCUCCCUCGUCCUCUCUAAAAUGAUGCAUGGAUGGCCGGCCCGGUGUUGUCCUUGUGAUGGAUUGGAGCACUUUGGGGAAAAUUUCAGUUCACGGCCACCCUUGAAGAGAAGCUUAAGUAAGACUCUCUUUAAUAUUGUAAUGGAGAACACACAGAGAGAGAGAGAGAGAGAGAAGCACCCAAAAUGAAACCCCUUUAGAUGAUCUAAUGUAUAUGAUAUGAUCACUUUGAGGUCACUUUGAGAGGAGGAUACUCAUGUUUUCUGUUUUCCAAUGAUUAUAUACAGGUAGAUUCACUGUAUCCAAGAAAGAGUUGCAGAUUAGGUCCGUCACAGUGGGAUUUCAGGUAAUUUCUGUGGACAACGAGAAGUAAUUAUCAUACUGAAGAGAUAUCAGACUACCUGCAGGUGUUUAAUACACUUGAAUGGCCCUAACACAGACACAUAGACCCUGAUAUUAUUAAACCACUUCAUAAAGUAACCAGCGGCAAUAAACAGUCCAGACGUCCAUUCAUAAAUCUGUGCUCUUUAAAAUAUAAAUAUACAAAAUAGCCUAAUGUCCAGUUACGCUAUCAAACGUCGUAGAAAUUUGAAUAGUGUAGAAUUAAAUGACAAACAAAAAGAUUUGAAACCCACUACCAUUGGCUCCAAUAUGAUAAUGAGGCUAUAAUGAUAUGAUAAUUGUAUGGUAAUCUGGGAAGGUUAUUCAGAAGGGGAGGGGAGGUUUCUGACAGAGCAACUGUCAAAAUGUCACACGUUAUAAACAUUAAAAAUACUCACUGAAAUACACAUUUUGAAGGAUAACACAGGAUGAGAUGGCUUGUGUAACUCAUUUGAAACUCAAAUAAUGCAAGUAAUAAAAUGGUACAUUGUGAUAGAUACAGUGAUAGCCUACUUACAGACAGGAUCAGAAUCAAAAGCUUUAAAUAGCAAACGUGCCAAGACUGGCAUAAAAUGGCAAAUAUACAGGACAUAAGAAGACUUCAUUGUCGAGGAAUAAUAAAUAUAGAGUUCUUCGCAGUUUUAUGGGAUGAGGGCUGAAAAAAUAUAAGUGCAGCGCUGCUCUCUAGUGGUGAGUAAUAGUAAUAGCGUCGACAUCUACUCCAAUAGUUGAAGUUUUUUUUUUCCCACAGAAUUUUUUUUUUGUUUUGUUUGAGAGAAAUAUGAGAAACGUGAUGUUCAAGGUAAAUAUCCCUUAUUUUUUACUGUCCAUAAUUUGCAAACAAACUGUAUUUUUUUUUAUCAAUUAUGCAUAAAGUUUAAACAUAUAGGCUAUAAUUUAACUGUGAUAAAGAAAGUUAUGGAAUUAGCUUUAAAAUUAGGGAGCCGGCCAUUUUAUUAUUAUUAUUAUUAUUUUAAAAUAUCAGUACAUUUUCAUCCCCAGCAAGAAACAUGACUGCUUGAUCACCCCCCGCCCCAAUUCAUUCACCAGGCAUUAGCAGGCAUAACAAAAAGCCCAUCAUGUAUGAAAAAGUGUCCCUACCUAAAUGCAUAACAUUAAUUCACUCGUGUUUCUCCUAAAUGCUGUGCACUCCGAUCAUAGCAGUAGGGUACAUAAUGAUGAUAAUGAUAAUGCACUUAUUUGUAAUACUGAUGUACCACUUUCCAGUUGUGUAAUUUAUUUCCUUUAUUAAAUAGGUCAGAGAAAACCUUCUGAACUGAUCUUCCUCCUUCCGUUGAAUCCUUGCCAGCUGUUCUAACUAAAAAAAAUGGAUUGUUCAAAUGAAGUGGUACAAUUAAAUGCAAAUAGCAGGUUUUAAACAGAAGCUGUGGUGGUUUAUGUUGACCUGUUUUGUUUUAAUGUCCGAUAUUGUGACAUUGUGGUUUUGUUGCAGCUCUACGGUGACGGUCAGUUGAUGCGAUUACAGUCUGAGGUCAUUGUGUGUGCAUGUGUUUGUUUAUUAUAUACAUCAAUGGUUGGUUUCACAGACGAACCUAUAGUCCCAGAUUAAAAUGCAUGUUUGAGCUGUUUUAACUGAAAACAACUAUCUUAUAAUAUGUCAGUGCCAUUGUUUUGUCUCACACCAGUAAUGUUUUUUUCUAAGGCACAUUUAUAAAAGCUACAUAAAUGUCCUAAUUGGACUAAAGCCUAAUCCUGGCUUAAUCUAAGCCUUGUCUGUGAAACCGGGCCCAAAUCAAUUGCUGUUUUUCAGAAUAAGACAUAUUUCUAUAGCAACUUUCAAACUAACAUUUAGCACUAGACAACAACAAUGCACAUUAAUAAAAUAAACAGUACAGGUGUACAGGCACUAAACAACAUCUAGAUUAUUCUAUGCAUAACCUGCAUAAUCAGUUAUGUAAAGGUGAAUUAUUAUGCAAUGCGUUUGGAAGUUUUUACAUACUUGGAUUCAGUUGUGCAUUGUGGUUUAAUAAAGAUUUCUCGGUUUGAUAAGAGUUUUUUAUAUUUUAUGCAAAUCUUCUGUCUGGAUAUGUUGUUUCCUCAUGCCAGGUAUGUAGGUAAAUUGAACCUUUUUUUAAGGUGUAGAUGUGGGCAGGAAUAAGACAGGAGGAAACAAAGAAAGACUAUUUUAGAAACAUCCUCACCUCAAUCUCAGACCAAUCAUCCGAGAGGACAGGUGAGGAUAGAGAGGGAGAGUUGAGGACUGUAAAAACUGAAGAAGGGCGAGACACACAAGAGAGAUGAAGAUGUAUAACAGUAAGAUUUGGCUAGGCUUUAUUUUCAUGUUGGGAAGUUUGGGGGGUUGUGACUGUAGCCCAGUUUCAGGCUCACUGAAAGCCGAAAAGUUAGGGGACAUCAUGCUCGGAGGACUCUUUCCUGUUCACCAAAGCUUCGAGAUCGUUAAUACGUCAAGCAGUCCAAUUCAACAUGUCUGCAACAAUUUCACUGUAACCAGGUUGGUUCAAUCCCUGAUGAUGAUUGAAGCGGUGGAGGCCAUCAAUAACUCCUCCAUGCUGAAUCUCACAUUUGGCUACAAGAUCCUAGACACAUGCUCUGAUGUGACCACUGCACUGGAACACACUAGUGUCUUCAUGGACAGAAGUUCUUGUGGCGGUUCAAUGUAUCAGGCUGUAAUAGGAGAGUUCCAUUCAGAGGUUUCAAUCGCAGUGGCACAGUUUCUCACUAUGGGGUUUAUGCCACAGAUCAGUUAUGGUUCAACAGCUGGGGUUUUGAGCGAUAAAACACGUUUUCCGACAUUCAAGAGGACUGUGCCGGAAGAUGACCACCAGGCUCAAGCAAUCACCAAAAUUCUGCGCUACCACAACUGGACCUGGAUUGGCUUAAUAAUCACAGAUGGAGAUUAUGGACGAUAUGCCGCAGAUCGUCUUUUGGUGCGCGCCAAAGAGCAGAACAUUUUUGUGUCAUUCCAAGUCGUGUUACCUGAUUUUCAUGACCAGGGAAACUUAGAUUUAAAACUCAAUGAAGCUAUCAAACAAAUCGAGAGCAAACCAAGGGUUAAUGUCAUUGUGUCCUUUGCCAAACCUCACCACAUGUCUUCUUUGUUUGAGAAACUCACUCCCAAUGCCUCUGGACGUUUAUGGAUCGCUGGUGAUAGUUGGGCUACGUCAGUCGAAGUGCUAAAAAACCGUCACCUAAAUGAGGUUGGAAAAAUUAUUGGAAUAACCCUUUUUUCAAAUGACACCUCUCACUUCAUAAGGUACCUGGAUAAUCUAGAUCUAAACCCUGAAUCACAUCCAAACAACACCAUCCUGCAGCACUUCCUAAGAGCAGAGUCAAAUAAAAGCCAUGAAGAAAUAAGACAAACCCUGAAGAAUGCUAUAUACCCUUCUUCAGUGUUUAGCAUAGGAAUGGCUUUGAAGUCUAUUGCUAAUGCUGUUAAAGACAUCUGUUUCCGAAAAACCUGCCUUAGAGGCUUUGAUAUCCACCACACUGAGCUACAUGAUGCCUUGGCAAAGACUAGAUUUAAUGAUGUGUAUAAUUUCACCAAAUAUGGAGACUUGGAUACCGGCUAUGAUAUAAUCAUUUGGGAAGCAGCACAAGAAGAUACCACAAAAUGUUUCAAACAUGCGACACUGAAGCCUGUGGCAAGCUACAUGAUCAAAGAUAAAGACUUUUAUUUCCUGAAUGACACAUGCAGAAAUCAGGUGGAAAACAUCACAAGAAAUGUGAUUUCGCAGUGCUCUGACAGUUGUCUCCCUGGAUUUAAACGGGCCUUUAUUGACGGCAAACCCACCUGUUGCUAUAUUUGUGAGGGGUGUCCUGCAAACACUUUUUCAAACCAAACAGAUGCAAAUGAAUGUCACAAAUGUCCAGACAAAUUCUGGUCUAAUCCAAACUCAACCUCCUGCUCUCCCCAAAAGUCAAUUUUCCUAUCCUGGAAAGAUCAUUACUGUAUCACUAUUGUGGUGUUUGCUUCUCUUGGUCUCCUUUUGACAUUGAUUGUGAUGCUUGUAUUCCUGGUCAAAUGGACCACCCCGGUGGUCCGCGCAGCAGGUGGUCCCAUCUCCAUCCUGAUCUUGCUGUCCCUCCUUGGGACAUUCACCAGUGCGAUCUUGUUUGGUGGAAAACCCACAGACAUACAGUGUAAAACCGGGCAGGUUCUUUUCGGCCUGAGCUUCACCCUGUGUGUCUCCUGCAUCCUGGUCAGGUGCUUUAAGAUUCUGGUGGUCUUCAAUAACUUCAAUGACUUCAAUGAUUCAGCUGUAAAACGGGUAAUGAAAAAGUUUUUCUUGCCCUACUGGAUCAUUGCCAUUUGUAUGCUUUUCCAGGGCAUCAUCUGUGGCCUGUGGUUGUGGAAGAGUCCACCCAAUGUUUCUGAGGUCUCAACACAGUCUGAACUCAUCAUCCAGUGCGCUGAGGGAGAUGUACUAUUCUUUGGACUCAUGCUGGCCCUCAUCGGCCUUCUGGCAGUGGUGUGUUUUGGGUUUGCCUUCCUAGGGCGGAAGCUUCCUGAAUGUUACAAUGAAGAGAAGUGCAUCAGCAUCAGCAUGCUCAUCUACAUUAUCAGUUGGGUGGUGUUUGUACCCAUCUAUGUGAACCAGAAGGAGACAGUUAGGUACAAAUCUGCCAUUCAGAUGGUGGUGAUGCUCUUCUCCACAUACGGGAUUCUCAUCUGCCACUUCAUGCCCAAAUGUUACAUCAUUCUGUUUAAAAGGCAGCACAACACUAAAGAAGCUUUCAAAAGAGGCAUUCAGGAGUUCACCAGACGCUUCCGUAAACGGCACAGAGAUGGACUCAGUCGCCCAGAGAGCGCAUUGACUGUCGACUCUGGAAUAGAAAACAUAAUAAAUGGGUCGUUCUCAAAUCCUUACCCAACAGGCACUAUUUCCUCAUUCCACCUCUCCAUAGAAAAUCUGCCACAUGCGAUGAGUAUCACUGCAGAUUCCUUAUAUGGAUCCUCACUGUAUUUUGGCUCUUCAGAGGAGAUGAACAAGGAAAACCAGAACAGACAGACUUUAAGCGGCUCCCAGAAACUCAUGUUACGAAUCAAGAAAAAUCGUCCGGAGCUCAAGAGAACCUCAAGCGCUCCCAUGAUAAUGGGGAAUUUUUAACCAGUAAAUAAUGGUUUGUCACAACAUUUAUGAUUUUGCCAUGAUGCUCUCAUUUAAUCAUGCUGAGAAAACACUCAUUCUCUUGUCAGUGAAAUCCUGUUUAAUCAAUCAAUUAUACAAGUAAAGCAUCCGUAUCAUUUUUGUGAUUGACACACUUUCUGUGAUUGUUUCUAAUGUUCUUUAUUUUUAAUGUUUAUCAGUAUGGUAUAAUUUGAAUAUCAAUGCAUAUUUUAUGUAUCACUUGUUCUGUCAAACUCAGUUAAAACAAUAAA